AUGUCUCGUCGUGAGCCCCGUCCCCGCGGCGCUCUCAACCACACCCUACACCGUGCGUACGACGCACUUCUUCCACACCGACGUCAUGACCCUGCACGCUUGGAGGAAUCUCGUCCGGUCAACACCGAUCGUUCGACUGGACAGCCUCCCCCUGUAGCCAGUCUUCAGCCACCGUCAGGCACUUCUCCCAUGGAUCCUGAACCAGCGAGGACUGCUCUCUUGCCAUACGUGACGCUAAUAGCACGGCACCAAGUCCAGCUCAGCGUCUCACCCCCACUUCAGCGUGACAUUCGCACUCAGCGUCGUUUGAAUGACGCGCUCGGCUUCGACCAGGUGCUAGCGGCGGUUCAACCUCUCUCCGACACGUUGCCGGAUCUUCCUCAUGCAGUCGGUGAGCUCACCGCCCAACUCAAGAUCUCCCGAGAAGAAGCUGCCACUGCCAAGCAUCUACUGGUUCCUGUCCAGCUCCGGGUUGAGUCUCUGGAGACUCUCCUCAACAAGUCGACGGCUGAGUUGAACGGGCUUCAAGCGGAGAUCAAGCGCCUCAAGUCAGCGAACGUUCACAUUGGCUCCCUUCUCGAAAAGAGUAAGGAGUCAAGGGACGUUCAGACGGAGAACCGUCGGCUCGCCAUGAAUUAUGCCGAGCAGAAGCAAGACAUCAUCGACGCCUUGGACAAGCAGAUCGAGAAGGAACGCGAGGUCUUCAAGACGACGGUCAGUGCGAACACUGAGAACACUCGCAAGCUCCAUGACCUGCUGCUCAAGGCUACGCAGGCUCUGGCCAAGACUGCUCAACAAGUUCAGAGCAGUGCUUCCAAGCGUAUUCGUCAUGGAAGUGAUGACGGCAGCUCCGAUGAUUCAUCUGAAGAGAAGACCCCAGUUCCAUCUGGUCGAGCUAGCAGAGCAGGUUCGGCAGCUGAUGCUGGCGAAGGAUCGGCUGCGGCUGCUUCAAGUCCAACUCUCAGUCGCCGAGGUCUUCAUAUGCCAAAGGCUUGGAAGAACAAGCCGAAGUCCAAGCGUCAAAAGACUGCUUCGCGCUCGCCGGCUUCCGUUCGUUCACGCUCCAGCUACGCCUCUCGCCGCUCGACAUCUCGGCCGCCUGCGUGUCCGCCCUCAGUGGCCAUGCCAAAUCGUCCGUGA